GAGUAGAGGAGGACGACACUGAGGGAUGGGUGGUAUCUUCAGAGUCUUGCAGCUUUCAGUCCAUCGGUGCCAGGUAUUACAGAGAAGUGUUGCCAGGGGAAAUCGUACAAAUCUCAAAACAUGGAGUCAAGUCUCUGAGCAUUGUCCCUCGUCCAGAAGGAGACCUCCCAGCAUUUUGUAUAUUUGAAUAUGUUUACUUCGCCAGACCAGACUCAAUAUUUGAGGUUUUCUUUAGAUCAGAUGGUGUAUACUGUCAGGCAGCGCUGUGGUCGGCAGUUGGCCAUUGAAGCCCCCACAAAUGCAGAUGUGGUCAGCACUGUCCCUGAAUCUGCCACCCCUGCUGCCCUGGGAUAUGCACAACAGUCUGGGUUGCCGUACAUAGAGGUUUUGUGCAAGAACCGUUAUGUUGGCAGGACAUUUAUUCAACCAAACACCAGAUUGAGGCAGCUAGGAGUGGCCAAAAAGUUUGGAGCACUGACCGAUAACUUUGCUGGAAAACGGGUUGUGCUCAUUGAUGACUCCAUAGUCAGAGGGAACACCAUCUCACCCAUUAUAAAACUGUUAAAGGAGGCUGGUGCAACAGAGGUCCACAUCAGAGUAGCCUCUCCACCAAUCAGGUACCCUUGUUACAUGGGCAUCAAUAUACCCACCAAAGAAGAGCUGAUUGCCAACAAGCCAGAGUUUCAGGACAUUGCUGGAUAUAUUGGUGCUGACAGCGUUCAGUAUUUGACAGUGGAGGGUCUGAUUUUGGCUGUGCAGGGGGGAAUUUCCUCCAAAGACAAAGAUGAAAUGAUCAGUAACAAUAAAUCCAGUAGUAGAGUGGGCCACUGCACUGCUUGCCUCACUGGGAAAUAUCCAGUGGAGUUGGAGUGGUAGUAACGUAAAAAAGGCAUUUCAAUAAAA